AAACAUUGGUUUGGUUAGCGACUCAGCGGUUGAAAGUGUUACGUUGAGGUGUGGGAAGUAUUAGUGGGUGGAAAUCUGGGGAUACCGGUAUAAAAGUUAUUGGUAAUUUUUUUAUUACAGUUAAGUUUCAGUCUUCAUUUUGCAAAUAUGGAUGAAGAGUACGACGUAAUUGUAUUAGGAACCGGUUUAAAGGAAUGUAUUUUGAGUGGAAUGCUUUCUGUAAGUGGAAAGAAAGUGUUGCAUAUGGAUAGGAAUAAGUAUUAUGGAGGUGAAAGUGCAUCAAUUACCCCAUUAGAAGAACUUUUUGAAAAAUUCAAUAUGCCUGUCAUUCAUCUGGAGGAAUAUGGGAGAUCAAGAGACUGGAAUGUUGAUCUUAUACCAAAGUUUCUGAUGGCUAAUGGCCAGCUGGUGAAGUUACUUAUCCAUACAGGAGUAACUCGCUACUUAGAAUUCAAAUCAGUGGAAGGUAGUUAUGUGUAUAAAGGAGGAAAGAUUUCAAAGGUUCCUGCAGAUGAGAAAGAAGCUUUAGCUUCAAGCUUGAUGGGCAUGUUUGAGAAGAGGAGAUUCCGUAAUUUCCUGGUAUACAUUCAGGAUUUCAACUUGAAUGAUCCCAAGACCUGGAAGGAUGUUGAUCCCAAACAAACGACUGCAGCUCAGCUAUAUGACAAGUUUGGUUUGGAUAAAGAUACUGCCGAUUUCACGGGUCAUGCCUUGGCUUUAUACAGGGAUGAUGAGUACCUUAACAAGCCUUGCUUAGAGAUUAUUGAGAGAAUCAAACUUUACAGUGAUUCUCUUGCUCGAUAUGGGAAAAGUCCUUAUCUUUAUCCACUCUAUGGACUGGGAGAGUUACCACAAGGUUUUGCAAGGUUAAGUGCUAUUUAUGGAGGUACGUACAUGUUGGACAAACCAAUUGAUGAAAUAGUAAUGGAAAAUGGAAAAGUUGUUGGUGUUCGUUCUGGAAAUGAAACUGCAAAAUGUAAACAAGUUUACUGUGACCCAUCAUAUGUUCCUGAUAGGGUAGAAAAAGUAGGCCAGGUAAUUAGGUGCAUUUGUUUGAUGAACCAUCCAAUCCCUAACACUAAGGAUGCUUUAUCUUGUCAGAUUAUUAUUCCCCAGAAACAAGUUGGCCGUCAUUCAGAUAUCUAUGUGUCAAUGGUUUCAUACACACAUCAAGUAGCAGCAAAAGGCUGGUUUGUAGCUAUGGUUAGCACUGCAGUGGAGACCCCUAACCCUGAAGAAGAAAUCAAGCCAGGACUUGACCUACUGGGUCCCAUUAAGCAGAAGUUUAUAUGGGUUAGUGAUGUUUAUCAACCCAAAGAUGAUGGACAAGCAAAUCAAGUGUUCAUCUCUGAAACCUUUGAUGCAACAACCCAUUUUGAGACCACAUGCUUGGAUGUUUUGGAUAUUUUCCGCAGAGGAACAGGGGAAGAUUUUGAUUUCUCUAAAGUACACCAUACUCUAGAAGAGCAAGAAUGAAAACAUUGAAGUUUUUCAGCUUUUUCAGGGUAUCUUUCUCUGCUUCAUUGUUUUUGUAUACCUUAAGUCUGUGAAAGGAGCUCAUCACUCUGAGAAAGUGUCCCAGGAGCUGACUUUGAACCAUCAUGUGGACGGCAACUUGUACAACACUGUAUGCUCGCAGUUGUUACUGCCACUUUCGUGUCUAGGGAAUCUAGUGAUGUUUGGGUCAUGUUGUAAUGUAGAACCAGUUGUUUUGUGUACAGUAUUUCAGCUUGUAAUUUUGCAGUCCUGUUGUCAGAAAAAAAAUAAAAUAUUGUGCAAGUAUCACUUUAAUUCUAUGUCUGAGCAUGUAGUAGUGUAAACCAAAUGUUAAAAAGGUAAGCUAUUCACCUAACAUUAAUUAAUUUGUAUUAUUAAGCCUUUUUUUUUCUUUUCUUUUUGCUGAAGUGUAAUAUUGAAACCAUGACCAUUCCAAUUUUUACCACAGCUGGGCUGUAUCUUUAUCUUGGUUCACUGCAGCACUAAUGUACUUUGAAAUUUUCUGAAAUAAAAUACUGGGUUCCCUGA